AGAAAAAAAAGAAAAGAAAAAGAAAGAAAGAAAAGGCAGAGCCCAGUAUCUACGGGCAGCGUUUCGGUCUCUGGUCCUCGCUCUCUUUUUCUCUCCCGCUCCGUUCCCAGCCCCUUCGCGUCUCUGCACCCUCAGUACCUGCCCGGCUCCGCGGCUCCUCGCAGCCUCCAGUCGCCUCCGUCCUGAUUGGGCGGAGACCCCCCAAUCGGCUGCGCGCCUGGGCCGGUGGGACUGCAUAUGUUAAGCUCUACUUCAUAUUAAUAAGCUCCAAUCGGGGCUUUAAGUCCUUGAUUAGGAGAGUGUGAGAGCUCUGGUCCCAACUGGCUGUGCCUAUAGGCUUGUCACCAGGAGAACAUUUGUGUUAAUUGCGCUCUGCUCUGUCAAGGAAACUUUGAUUUAUAGCGGGGGUGCGCAAAUAAUGGUUGCCGGUCGCACAUGGAUUCGGUAGAACUUUGCCUUCCUGAAUCUUUUUCCCUGCACUACGAGGAAGAGCUUCUCUGCAGAAUGUCAAACAAAGAUCGACACAUUGAUUCCAGCUGUUCGUCCUUCAUCAAGACGGAACCCUCCAGCCCGGCCUCCCUGACGGACAGCGUCAACCACCACAGCCCAGGUGGCUCUUCAGACGCCAGCGGGAGCUACAGUUCAACCAUGAAUGGCCAUCAGAACGGACUUGAUUCGCCACCUCUCUACCCUUCUGCUCCUAUCCUAGGAGGUAGUGGGCCUGUCCGGAAACUGUACGAUGACUGCUCCAGCACCAUUGUUGAAGACCCCCAGACCAAGUGCGAAUACAUGCUCAACUCGAUGCCCAAGAGACUGUGUUUAGUGUGCGGUGACAUCGCGUCUGGGUACCACUAUGGGGUAGCAUCCUGUGAAGCCUGCAAGGCAUUCUUCAAGAGGACGAUUCAAGAUCCUUUGUGAUACACUUUGGAAGAAAAUAGAGGAAGGAAAGAAUCAUUGUUUAUUGAGGAUCCCCAGCACACCAGUGAUUCUAUUCUGCUCUGCUCCGUGGUUUACAAAGCGUAUCUUCUGGGAAUGUCCUGGCGGUCCAAUGGUUAGGACUCCACGCUUUCACUGCUGAGGGCCCGGGUUCACUCUCUAGUCAG